UCGUAGUGCAGUUGUGUAGUGUAGUGACUAGUGAGUGAGUCUCUCCGCAAACGCAUAGCAAAGCACUGUUGGCGGAAGCGCGAUCGCGUCAUCUCGAUGGAAUUUAUAUGAAAAAUUCCUAAAUUUUUAGUGCUAGUGAAGUGUAAUUACCCCAGUAAAAGUGAAAUAGUGGUUCCAAAAGUGCCGCAAAAUGGGAUGUUUCGAGAGUAAACCCUCCGAACAGCACCAGCCGACGGCCGUCCGCGGAUGUACGGAUAUUUUCUGGCUUGUUGUCUACGUUCUGUUUUGGAUAGCUUUGCUUGUCAUCGCAGUAUUUUCGUUCGUGUACGGCAACCCGUUACGCGUCAUCAAUGGGUACGAUUCGUUCGGUAACACAUGUGGCGUGUCGAGCAACGAAAAAUUCUCGCACUUCCCGCUGUCCGGAAUGAACACCAUGGAUAAGCCGUAUGUGUUCUUCUUGGACAUCAAAGAGCUGCGGCAGACUUUGAAGAUAUGUGUCAAGGAAUGCCCCAAGAAGGAGAUCGGCAAUGCCAUGGAAUUGUAUCGCUACUACGAGGAGCGGGACACAAAGUAUUGCCGGUAUGAUUUUAACAUGAGCCUGCUGACGGCCCCGGAUGCGAGUGGACCGAAAUAUUUUGCGUUUGCUGGACCGUGUCCAAAGUUUCCCGUUUACGAGUCUAGCUCGGUGCUGCACCGAUGCAUCCCAUCGGGAAAGAACGCCCCGACCAAGGUGGUCAAGGACAUGUAUGCAUUGGUGAACUCCUUUGGAGCAGCUCAGCAAGUUUUUAGCGACAUCUACAAAACAUGGCCAACCGUGUUGCUGCUUGUAGGGUUGAGUUUGAUUUUCUCAAUCGUACUCAUUAUGAUGCUUCACUGGCUUACUGCGAUCAUUUCGUGGUUGAUUUGUAUUUUCGUCGCUGUUGCCAGCAUUGGAAUCACCGCAGUUUUAUGGUGGUCUUACUACAAGCAAAAGCACUCGAUUGACACCGACACGAAGCUGUCUUAUCUGGAAGAGCUGGUACGUAAUGAAACAACGAUCUACGUAUUGGCCAUUUUGGCUACUUGCAUCAUGAUCAUUCUGCUGGUGGUGAUCUACUAUCUACGCGAAAAGCUGAGUGGAUUGGCGGCCCUAUUCGAGGAGGCUGGUAAAUGUAUGCUGCAAAUUCCCGGAUUGGCUGGACCCCCAGUACUGGCGUUCAUUGCAUUGGCCGUAUUCUUGUCGUUCUGGAUGGUGGUUAUCGUGUGUUUAGCCACUGCUAAUUAUCCGAAUGUGAAACCAUUGUUACCGUUCACACAACUUAAGGAAAAUCCCAACAAGUCCGAAGCCGCCAUCAAACCCGACAUGUCCGUCAACAACAACACCUAUAAAUCCUUUGAUUUGGUCGAAUAUCCCGAGGCUGACUUCCUGCGCCACAUGCUAUGGAUUUAUAUUAUCGGGCUGGUGUGGACGACCGAGUUCAUCUUUGCCUGCCAACAGUUGGUCAUCUCCGGUGCCGUUGCCUAUUGGUACUUCCGCAAACCCACCGACACGCCGGUGCUCAACGCCAUCGCCAAACUCGUCAAGUACCAUCUCGGCUCGGUAGCGAAGGGUUCGUUCAUCAUCACGCUGUUCAAGAUACCUCGACUGAUCCUCACCUAUUUGUAUGCCAAAUUGAAACGACACCAGCAGGAAGGUUCCGAGUGUGCCAGCUGUUGUUUGAAGUGCUGCAUUUGCAGUUUUUGGCUGUUGGAGAAAUUCAUUCGCUAUUUGAAUCACAACGCUUACACGGUCAUUGCGAUUGAGAGUGUCAACUUUUGCCCAGCAGCGAAAAUUGCUUGGAAUGCACUGGUAACUAAUGCUCUACAAGUGGCAACCAUAAACGGUAUUGGCGAUUUGGUACUAUUCUUAGGAAAACUAGCCGUGGCUGCUCUAUGUGGUUUGAUCAGCAUUUUGAUGCUUCGAGACAAUCCGGAUGUUCACUUUUACAUGGCACCGGUAAUCAUAAUAACACUAUUCUCGUUCUUCGUCGCCCACAUCGUGCUCUCGCUGUAUGAAAUGGUAGUGGAUACAUUGUUCCUGUGUGUAUGUGAAGAUCGCACCAUCAACGGAAACUCCGGCCGCUGGAAGCAAAGCAACCUGGCCCACCUGCUGGGUGAGAGCCCAGAACCAGAUGCCGUAGAGGCUCCGAUGCAGGUAGUCGAAUUGGCCCCCAUAACAAAACAGCCGUUCUCCGUACAAAGUUUGCAAAUGACUGAAAUUGACGAUAAGGCUACAGUAUAAAAUGACCAAUGCAUUACCUCACUAAGGAACUUGAAACGUAACAGUCUAAUAUUAAGCCUAACAGUUAAUGUCUCCUCUGGCAAAGACAACAGUUUGACUAAUUGUGCUUUACAACAACAAUCUCAUCGCUUCACACAAACAAAACUAGCUGCUGAAGCAACUUAAUCUAAAGUUAAAAAUGAGGAAAAUGUAGGUCUUUUGACGUUGUACAACUCUCGCAAGAAACGAAAAUGUAUUGUUCUCUGUUAGAACACGAUCCAUCCAAAAUAUAUUGUUUAAUUAAUGUUGGCACAUUAUAAAUUACAUCACUUGUUCAAAAAAUAGGCUCAAACAUAUUUUUGCAGCGAUAAACACGCAUAUUCAUAUUUAUAUAAUAUUUAUUAUAUACACUUGGCAAACGAUAUUUCAUGUAAAAAACUGUCCUGUUUUUGGAUAAGUCAAUCAUUCAACUAUAUACCUAAUUAAAGUUUUUCAUUUUAUAGUCCUUCAUUAAACUAUCAGGAUGUCAUUGAACCUUCCAUCUUAUUUACAUAGUUGGUCCAGUUUUGAUACUACAUUGUUAGAAGAGUUUAUUUUUACAGAUUUUAUUACACCAUAUUGAAUGUUCAAAUGUGCUCGGUUCAGAUUAUGAUAGAAGUAACAGUUUAUAAGAUGAAUUGCUAAAUUUUAAAACAUAUUUACUUAUUGUACUUGUAUUGAAUGUAAGAAUUGAAAAUCGAAUAAAAUUGUAACGCUCUA